AUGAACACCUCGAUUAACAUCAUAGCGUAUCACGAGUUAGUCACAUACUUGAACAUCGUCGAACUCCAUGGCAAUCUAUCGCACAUUAUAUACUUUCUUCCUGUGGUGGCUGUAAUUUCGGUGACCUUCAUUCUCCUCUCUACGGUGGGUCUCGCGCUGAACUCCAUCACGGCGACCACUCACGAGAGUCACCUCUACGAGCAUAACAACUCCACCCAAUCCAACAAAACACACUGGCAACUCGUGCAGUCCAAUCUGGCCAACCAACGUCAUCUGGACAAUCUGGAGUUGGUCUGCAUAGCCUGGUUCACCAUUGAGUACGUGGUGCGGUUUGCAGUGGCACCCUACAAAUGCGCCUUCCUGAAGAGCCCCAUGAACACCAUCGACGUGAUCGCCAUCCUGCCCUACUAUAUUUCCAAGGCGCUGGACUCUCUGACCGCUAUUAGCAAGGUUGUACAGGUGUUUCGACUGUUACGAGUCCUACGGGUGCUCAAAUUGGCGCGUCACUCAAUCGGCCUGCAGGCGUUGGGCUACACGGUGCGACGUUCCUACAAGGAACUCGGUCUGCUCAUGAUGCUGGUCGCCAUGGGCGUGCUCAUCUUCUCCAGCCUGGCCUAUUUCGCCGAGAAGGACGAGAAGGACACCGGUUUUAAGAGCAUUCCCGCCACCUUCUGGUGGGCCAUCAUUACCAUGACCACUGUGGGCUAUGGGGAUAUGAGCCCACGCACCACGAUG